AUGGAAAAAUCCAAAAAUUUCCGCAUCGACGCCCUGCUGGCGGUGGACCCCCCGCGAGCCGCCUCCACGCAGAGCGCGCCGCUGGCCUUGGUCACCUCGCUCGCCGCCUCGGCGUCUGGCCCCGGGGGCGGAGGAGGGAGCGGAGGGACCAGCAGCGGGCCGAGCCGCAGCUGCAGCCCCGCGUCCUCCGAGGCCACCAGCACCGCCACCGCCGCUCCAGCCGACCGCCUGCGGGCCGACAGCCCGUCGCCCCCGCGCCUGCUGGCCGCGCACUGCGCGCUGCUGCCCAAACCCGGCUUCCUGGGCGCGGGCGGCGGCGGCGCGGGCGGAGGGCCCGGGGCUCCGCACCACCACGCGCACCCGGGGGCGGCGGCGGCGGCGGCGGCGGCGGCUGCUGCCGCUGCGGCGGGCGGCCUGGCGCUCGGGCUGCACCCGGGGGCCGCGCAGGGGGGAGCGGGCCUCCCGGCGCAGGCGGCGCUCUACGGCCACCCGGUCUACGGCUACUCGGCGGCGGCGGCCGCGGCCGCGCUGGCCGGCCAGCACCCGGCGCUGUCCUACUCGUACCCGCAGGUGCAGGGCGCGCACCCUGCACACCCCGCCGACCCCAUCAAGCUGGGCGCGGGCACCUUCCAGCUGGACCAGUGGCUGCGCGCGUCCACCGCGGGGAUGAUCCUGCCCAAGAUGCCGGACUUCAACUCCCAGGCGCAGUCGAACCUCCUGGGGAAGUGCCGCAGGCCGCGCACGGCGUUCACCAGCCAGCAGCUGCUGGAGCUGGAGCACCAGUUCAAGCUCAACAAGUACCUGUCGCGGCCCAAGCGCUUCGAAGUGGCCACCUCGCUCAUGCUCACCGAGACCCAGGUGAAGAUCUGGUUCCAAAACCGGCGAAUGAAAUGGAAGCGCAGCAAAAAGGCUAAAGAGCAGGCCGCGCAGGAGGCCGAGAAGCAGAAGUGUGGCGGGGGCAAAGGCACGGAGGAGAAGGGCGAGGAGGAGCUGCUAGGGCCGCCGGUGGCCGGGGACAAAACUGGCGGCCGCCGCCUGCGGGACUUGAGGGACAGUGACCCCGACGAGGACGAGGAAGAGGAUGACGAAGAUCAUUUUCCUUACAGCAACGGCGCUGGCGCCCACGCCGCCUCCACCGACUGCUCUUCGGAGGAUGACUGUCCGCCCCUUCGGCCUGGCGGGCCGGGGCACCAGCCCGCGCCCCAGUAG